CCCACGUUACGGAUCCUCCAACCAUAAAUACUCAUCUCGUUCUUCCUCUGCUACUUCACGGCAGCCAUUAAACACUCCCAAGAUCCAGACACUUUCUCUGUUCUUGCUAAGAUCCGCAAACGAAAAGAAUAAUCAUGUCGAUGCGAAAGAGAGCUUUGGCUUCCUGUUCUUCAGAUCAACCAAGUCCACCCAAGAGGCCCUGCGUAGCUACGAUCGAGCAAGAAUGGAAUGGGUCCAAGAGGAAACUCGAGCCGAGGAGCUGUUUGAUUGAGGAGGAUGACCGGAGUGAGUUGAGAGAAGAGCUGGAGCCUGCUAAGUCUCAUUCAGCCAAAGAUUGUCGAAGGGCUAAUGGUGAAUCUACAGCAAAGAAUGAUGCAAGAAACUUACAGCUUCAAUUUCAAACCAAACUGUCACUUCCUGUAUUUACUGGAGAGAAACUACAAGGAGUGGGGGGUGCUAGCAUUUCUGUUGCCUUGGUUGAUGCGAAUACAGGACAAGUCGUGACAUUAGGCCUGGAAUCCUCCAUUAAGUUGGAUGUCGUUGUGCUUGAAGGGGACUUCAACAAAGACGAUGAGGAUAACUGGGCUCGAGAAGAGUUUGAGAACUACAUAGUUAAAGAACGUGAAGGAAAGCGGCUGCUUUUGACAGGAGAUCUUGUAGUGAUGCUCGAGCAAGGUCUUGGGGAGCUGGGCGAACUGAUAUUUAAUGACGAUUCCAGCUGGACUAGGAGUAAAAGUUUCAGGAUAGGACUCAAGGUGACAUUGGGUUAUUGUGGGAAUACACGAAUCCGAGAGGCAAAAACGGAUGCCUUCCCUGUUAAGCAAUAUAGAAGAGAAGCACACAGGAGACACUAUCCACCUGCAUGUAACCAUGGGGUCCGGAGGUUAGAGAAGAUUGCCAAAGAUGGGACAUCUCACCGAAGACGGAGUCUACUGCCACUGUCCAAGGAGUUCGACAAACUGAGAGCGGUAAGCAUGAAGUUACUAACUAAUUUUUUUUGUGCCCCCAGCGAAGAGUCAUGCUAACGGGGUCAAUUCCAGAGUAAGCAGCCUGCGGGAUA